CCGAAAACCUCGAUCCGGCCAAUAAACCGGUAUACUUCCGCUUCCUUACACUCAUGUCCUGGCAUGUCUUCCUCUCCGAAGGGUGCGAUACUGCGAUCUACGAAGUCGGCGUAGGCGGCGAAUACGACUCGACAAAUAUUGUACAAAGGCCCACUGUCACGGGCGUCACGAGUUUGGGUAUCGACCAUGUUGCGGUUCUGGGAGGUACGAUUGAGGAAAUUGCGUGGCAUAAGGGCGGGAUCUACAAAAAAGGUGUUCCGGCAUUUAGUGUGGAGCAAUCCUCACGGAGCGCGCUGGAGUUAUUGAGGAAGAGAGCGGAGGAGAGAGAAGCACAACCAUUCGAGGUCGUGCCGGUACAUCCUGCAGUACCCCAGAUCAAGAUGGGAUUACCGGCCGUGUUCCAACAGUCAAAUGCAUCCCUAGCAAUGAACCUCGUCGCCUCGCAUCUCCCACACGUCGGUCUCCCAAUCCCCGACCUCGCCAAAGACCUACCAGAAGAAAUGGUUCGUGGUCUCGAACGCGUCAACUGGCCCGGGAGAUGUGACGUCCGAGUCGAGGGCGAGACUGAAUGGUGUCUCGACGGUGCGCACACGACUGAAUCCCUCGAAGCAGCUGGUGUAUGGAUCGCCACUCGAUUCUUGCAAGAAGAUCGUCCGGGGAAGAGGGUUCUCGUGUUUAACCAACAGACACGAAACGCGACGGAGUUGCUCACGACCCUCUACACCACAAUCCGCACCACCCUAUCUACAUCUAUCCCCACAGGCCCCAUCUUCGACACAGUCAUCUUCUGUACAAACGUCACCUUCAAAGCGUCCGGCUACAACAGUGACCUCCUCUCCAUCAACACUAGCGCAGACGACGUCAAAGCACUCACCGUCCAACACGAACUCCGCGAUACUUGGGAGAAGCUCGGAGCAGGUGGUGAUGUGCAUGUGUGUGGGACGAUUGAGGAGGCUGUUGGGGUUGUGAGGGGGGUGGAGGCUGAGGGGGGGAAACAGGUGUUUGUUAGUGGGAGUUUGCAUUUGAUUGGGGGGGUUUUGGUCGUGCUUGAUAAAUAGGUACGUGCGGUAGCAUAGACGGGGAGC